CCCAUUGAAAUCCCCCAAAAUUAGAAUAUGGCAUAAGGAAGGAGAACCUCUUUUAAACUUCCCACUUUUUCGUUCUUCUUAAGUUUCCUGUCCAGAAGGGGAAUUCUUGAGUGCAAGAUUUUGAAGCAUUUCUAUAAAAACUAGUCUUGCUUCAACACAGAAUCAAUCAUCUAUGUCAAUGUCCAGGGCACUAACUGUAUUCUCAAUUCUUUCAAGUCUACAAGUUUUAUUGUUUCAUAUGUCAAUGGCAGCUUUAGAUUUAACCCAAGAAAAAACCAUUCUCCAAUGCCUUUCUACUCAUUCCAUAACCAAUCCACCAAUCUCUGAAGUCACUUACUUUCCUUCCAAUCCUAAAUACACAUCUAUCUUACAAUCAUACAUAAGAAACCUCAGAUUCAACUCCUCUGCAUCCCCAAAGCCUUUUUUCAUUGUAACACCUACCCAUUCAUCUCAUAUCCAAGCAUCCAUUAUCUGCUCCAAGAUUCAUGGCUUAGAGCUUAGAAUUCGAAGUGGUGGCCAUGAUUUUGAUGGACUUUCUUAUAUAUCAAAUUUACCCUUUAUCAUUCUUGACAUGUUUAAUAUGCGAUCUGUAAGUAUAGACAUGGAAGAUGAAAGUGCCUGGAUCGAGUCUGGUGCUACUCUUGGCGAAGUUUAUUACUGGAUUGCUAAAAGGAGUGGAGUUCAUGGAUACCCAGCUGGGGUUUGUCCUACUGUUGGUGUUGGAGGGCAUUUGAGUGGAGGUGGAUAUGGUAACUUAAUGAGGAAGUAUGGGUUGUCUGUUGAUAAUGUUGUUGAUGCAGUAGUAAUUGAUGCUGAUGGGAGGGUUCUGGAUAGAGAAGCAAUGGGGGAAGAUCUUUUCUGGGCUAUUAGAGGUGGUGGUGGAGCUAGCUUUGGAGUUAUUGUUUCUUGGAAAAUUAAGUUAGUUCUUGUUCCAGAAAUUGUUACUGUUUUUAGAGUUGAAAAAACACUGGAAGAAGGUGCUUCAGAUAUUGUUUAUCAAUGGCAACAGGUUGCUGAUAAAAUUCAUAAAGAUCUGUUUAUAAGGGUGGUUUUGAAUCGUGCUGUAAGACAUGGACAAGAGACUGUCAAGGCUAAAUUCAAUGCCUUAUUUCUAGGAAAUGCAGAAAGACUUGUUGGUCUAAUGGAUGAGAAGUUUCCUGAAUUGGGUUUACUGCAUAAAGAUUGCAAGGAAAUGAGCUGGAUUGAAUCAGUGUUGUUUUGGUCAAAUUACCCAAUUGGAACUUCUGUGGAUGUUUUGCUUGAGAGACAUUCUCAAGCAGAGAAGUUCCUGAAGAGGAAGUCAGAUUAUGUACAAGAGCCUAUAUCAAAGCAAGAUCUUGAAGGUAUUUGGAAAAAGAUGAUUGAACUAAAACAAGCCGCAUUGACACUUAAUCCAUAUGGAGGAAGAAUGAGUGAGAUCCCAGAAUGUGAAACUCCAUUUCCACAUAGAGCAGGGAACAUAUACAAAAUCCAAUAUGCAGUGAGUUGGAAAGAUGCCAGUGUUGAAGCAGAAGAGCAAAACUUGGAUAUCAUAAGGAAAAUGUAUGAUUAUAUGACACCAUUUGUGUCAAAAUCACCAAGAUGUUCGUAUCUGAAUUACAGAGAUGUUGAUUUGGGCGUGAAUGAAGUUGGAAAUGAAAGUUAUGAAGAAGCCAGUAGAUGGGGAUACAAGUACUUCAAAGGCAAUUUUGACAGAUUGGUGGAAGUAAAGACAAAGGUGGAUCCUUGUAAUUUCUUUAGAUAUGAACAAAGCAUCCCAUCUCUUGAAGCUUCUUAGAAGAGUAGUUCCCUUGAAGAUUUGAAACACCAAAAUUCAAUUUCUGGGUGAAGCUUUUAUUUGACAUUGGUCCACAGAUUCAUCAAUUUCAAGUGCAUUAGCUCAAAUCAAAGGAAUUUGUAACCAUGAACAGGAACUUAAAUCAAUAAUCACUUUUAGGUGGAGUUACUGUAAUUCUAUAUGUAAUAUGAACUUGCUCUUUAGCAAUUACUUCUUCUUCUUUUUUAAUUCAAUUCUAGUUCACAAAA